AUGGCGUCACCAGUGCUACCAUGGAAGACAAAGAUCAUCCUCACCAUCCUCUCCGCAGUUACAGGCACCGUGCGUCGGCCUAACGGCACCAUCAACCACCGUUUGCUCAAGUUCUUAGAAGUCAAAGCCCCUGCCAACAACAAACCCGUAAGAGGUGUCAAAACCUCCGACGUCACUGUCAACGCAAACCGAAAUCUCUGGUUUUGCCUCUUCACCCCAACCGAGACCAGCAAAGGUGACGUUAUUCCUCUCCCCGUCGUCAUCUUCUUCCACGACGGAGGAUUCUCUCUCCUCACAACUGAUUCCAAAGGCUACGACGAAGUUUGCCGUCAAUUCGCCAUUAAAUUCCAAGCCUUCAUUGUCUCUGUCAAUUACUGUCUCACACCAGAGCAUCAGAUUUCCGUCACAAUACGAUGA